UCCUCCUCGUUCUCCUUCUCUCCUCCCCCCUUUUCCCUUCUUCUUCUUCCCCUCCUCCUCUUCCUCCUUCCCUUUCUCCUCCACCCCCUAGUCUCCUUUCCUCUUCCUUCUCCUCCCUCCUUCUCCUCUCUUUCCCUUCCUCCUCCUUUCCUCCUCUUCUUUCCCCCCUUUCGUCCUUCUCUUCCUCGUCCUUCUUCUCUUUCACCUCCAGCCCAUUCUUCCUCCUCUUUCUUCUCCUUCUCUUCCUCGUCCUUCUCUUUCACCUCCACCCCCAUUCUUCCUCCUCCUUUCCUCCUCUUUCUUCCUCCUCAUCCUUACCUCCUCCCAUCCUCCUUCCCCUCUCUUCCUUCUUCUCUUUCUCCUUCUCCUCCCCCUUACCCCCUCCCUCUCUUCCCCCUUCCUUCUCUCUCUUCCUCUUCCUCCUCCUCCUCUUCUUCCUCCUGCUUCUGCUGCCAUGGCGGACCCGGCCGAGUGCAGCAUCAAAGUCAUGUGCCGGUUCCGUCCCCUCAACGAGGCCGAGAUCCUCCGCGGGGACAAAUUCGUCUCCAAAUUCAAAGGCGAGGACACCGUCGUGGUCGGGCAAGGAAAACCCUAUGUCUUCGAUAGAGUGUUACCACCCAAUACAUCCCAGGAACAGGUCUACAAUACUUGUGCCAAGCAGAUUGUUAAAGAUGUCCUCGAGGGCUACAAUGGCACAAUUUUUGCUUAUGGUCAAACAUCUUCAGGAAAAACACAUACCAUGGAGGGGAAGUUGCACGACCCACAGCUAAUGGGGAUAAUUCCAAGAAUUGCACAUGACAUCUUUGAUCACAUCUAUUCCAUGGAUGAAAACCUAGAAUUUCACAUAAAGGUGUCCUAUUUUGAGAUUUACUUGGACAAAAUAAGGGACUUGCUGGAUGUUUCAAAGACAAACCUUGCAGUUCAUGAAGACAAGAACAGAGUCCCAUAUGUCAAGGGUUGUACAGAGAGAUUUGUGUCUAGUCCUGAAGAAGUUAUGGAUGUCAUUGAUGAAGGGAAAACCAAUCGCCAUGUAGCUGUUACAAACAUGAAUGAACACAGUUCUAGAAGUCAUAGUAUUUUCCUAAUUAACAUCAAGCAAGAGAAUGUUGAAACUGAAAAAAAACUCAGUGGAAAGCUUUAUCUGGUAGAUUUGGCUGGGAGUGAAAAGGUCAGCAAAACUGGGGCAGAGGGCUCUGUGCUUGACGAAGCUAAAAAUAUUAACAAGUCAUUGUCUGCUUUGGGCAAUGUGAUCUCGGCAUUGGCAGAAGGAACAAAAACACACGUCCCAUAUCGAGACAGCAAGAUGACCCGAAUUCUUCAGGAUUCUUUAGGUGGGAAUUGUAGAACCACCAUUGUCAUCUGUUGUUCCCCAUCCAUUUUCAAUGAAGCGGAAACCAAAUCUACUCUAAUGUUUGGACAAAGAGCCAAGACUAUUAAGAACACUGUCUCAGUGAACCUUGAAUUGACUGCUGAAGAAUGGAAGAAAAAGUAUGAGAAGGAGAAGGAAAAAAACAAGACACUAAAGAAUGUUAUCCAGCAUCUGGAGAUGGAGCUGAACAGGUGGAGAAAUGGAGAGGCUGUGCCUGAGGAUGAGCAGAUCAGUGCUAAGGACCAAAAGAACUUGGAGCCAUGUGACAACACGCCCAUCAUCGAUAACAUUAUGCCUGUUGUUGCCAGUAUUUCAGUGGAGGAAAAGCGGAAAUUUGAGGAAGAGAUCACCAGUCUCUACAGACAAUUGGAUGAUAAGGAUGAUGAAAUCAAUCAACAGAGUCAGUUGGCUGAGAAACUAAAGCAACAGAUGUUGGAUCAAGAUGAGCUCUUGGCCUCCACAAGAAGGGAUUAUGAGAAGAUCCAAGAGGAACUCACCCGUCUUCAGAUUGAGAAUGAAGCUGCUAAAGAAGAAGUGAAAGAAGUCCUUCAGGCUCUGGAGGAAUUGGCAGUUAAUUAUGACCAGAAGUCACAAGAAGUGGAGGACAAGUUGAGAUCUAAUGAACAGCUGGCAGAGGAACUUGCCCAGAAAACAUCUGCCCUGACCACGACGCAGAGAGAGCUGGGACAACUGCAGGAGCUCAGUAAUCACCAGAAAAAGAGAGCUACUGAAAUUUUGAAUUUAUUGCUUAAGGACCUGGGAGAGAUUGGAGGAAUUAUUGGUACCAAUGAUGUUAAAACGCUAGCGGAUGUGAAUGGAGUGAUUGAAGAGGAGUUUACCAUGGCAAGGCUCUACAUCAGUAAGAUGAAGUCGGAGGUGAAAUCUCUGGUGAACCGUAGCAAGCAACUGGAGAGUGCCCAGAUAGACUGCAAUAGGAAGAUGAAUGCCAGCGAGAGAGAGCUUGCUGGUUGCCAGCUUCUCAUCUCACAGCAUGAAGCCAAGAUCAAGUCUCUCACAGAUUACAUGCAGAAUAUGGAGCAGAAGAGAAGGCAACUGGAGGAGUCACAGGACUCACUUAGUGAAGAGCUGGCCAAACUGCGUGCUCAAGAAAAAAUGCACGAAGUCAGUGUCAAAGAUAAAGAGAAGGAACACUUAACCUUGCUUCAGGAUGCAGAGGAGAUGAAGAAGACAUUGGAACAGCAGAUGGAGAGUCACAGGGAAGCUCACCAGAAGCAGCUGUCUCGGCUGAGAGAUGAGAUUGAGGAGAAGCAGAAAAUGAUUGAUGAAAUCAGAGAUAUGAACCAGAAGCUGCAACUGGAACAAGAAAAACUGAGCUCUGACUAUGAAAAAUUAAAAGUUGAAGACCAAGAACGGGAGAAGAAGCUGGAAAAGCUGAUAUUGCUUAAUGAUAAAAGGGAACAAGCUAGAGAAGAUCUGAAAGGACUGGAAGAAACAGUGGCUAGAGAACUCCAGACUCUCCAUAAUUUACGCAGACUCUUUGUUCAGGACCUCACCACCAGAGUAAAAAAAAGUGUGGAAUUGGACAGUGAUGAUGGUGGUGGAAGUGCUGCUCAGAAGCAGAAAAUCUCCUUUCUGGAAAACAAUCUUGAACAACUUACAAAGGUUCACAAACAGCUGGUUCGUGAUAAUGCAGAUCUUCGCUGUGAGCUUCCUAAGCUGGAGAAACGACUUCGGGCUACAGCAGAGAGAGUCAAAGCCUUGGAGAGUGCAUUGAAGGAAGCCAAAGAAAAUGCCAUGCGGGAUCGGAAGCGAUACCAGCAGGAGGUAGAUCGCAUUAAAGAGGCAGUGAGAGCCAAGAACAUGGCAAGGAGAGCACACUCUGCUCAGAUCGCCAAGCCAAUACGCCCUGGACAUUAUCCAGCAUCUUCUCCAACAGCCAUACAUGCCAUUCGAGGAGGAGGAUAUUAUCACAACAUGAAAUAAAUAUAAGACAGGCCAGGCUCCAUUUCGCAUAUGGAAACUCAUAAUCAGCUCACUAGAUCUUUUCCUCCCUGGAUUGGAUCUGUACAUCUGUUCAUUGUAUGCAUCCUAUAGCCAUCUGCAGUGCACUCGUUUCAGAAUUUUUCAGCUUUGUAGAAUCUCCAUGUGUACAGAAAGUGUGCCUCAAACCCAACUUUUCUUCUAAAACCCUGUACAGUGUAUCUAACACAUGCACCUCGGCUAACAGUAGGAGUCUGCUGCUCAAUCUCUAUCACUGACUGACCAUGUUUGACUAUAUUGUGCCAGCUGGAUUGGGGCAUUGAUCCUGGCACAUAUGCUUCUUUGUUUUGUCAUUCUUCCGAAGGACUCUGUUGCAUCCACACAACACUGGCAUCAGAGAAUGAACCAUUCAACAACCAAGUGCCACCAAAAGCAGUUGAUUGUGUUCCGUCAUGAUUUUCUGGCUUCCUGUAUAAUAUGCAUAUUAUUUUAUAUUUUAGAGGAUCUGUGCAGUUAUAUGGUUUGAAAAAAAAAAACAAUCCAUCUAACAUGCUUUCAAGAAAUAAAAAUCCCCAAAGAUGUGUUUCUAAUAUCUUGAUAAAAUCUUUGGACUUGGUAGAUAUCAAACUCUAGGAAAGUAGAGGAAUUUACUAGUAUAGCUCUAGGUCAGGGAUGGGGAAAGUGUGGCCUGCAGGCAGAUUGCUGCCCCCCAAUUCCCCCUUUUUGCUGCUUCUGUGCCCCCAAAUUCCUUAAAUAUUUUGUAAAAAAUACCUUUGGGAGAAGCGUUGCCCAGAUCAGCCCAAAUCACUACAGGAAUCCACUAAAUAAGCUGAUUUAGCAUUAUCCAUAACUUCAUUUUUUAAGAAGGAGGACAUGAAAACCAGAGGUGACUUCCAAGACAUUUUUUGCUAAUUUUCAAUGAUGAGUAAAAACUGGCCACAGUUGUAGUUGUAGAUCCUAAAGUUUAGCAACCCCAUCGUAAUCAAAUCUCAUAAUGUAGAAUUUGAUCUGUAAUCAUGUUUCCUUUGGUCAGAAAUUCCAAUAACCCUAUAGAAAUGUGGCUCAAAUUAAAAUUAAAGACUAGUUUAAACUCUGUUUGGCCCUUCCCAACUCAAUUUCUUUAUAAUUUCAAAAGAACCCAUUAUAAGCCAGAAAGCUGAGAUAGCAAUAUAUAGUAAUGCAAAAAUGUUCUUGAGGGUGAUCAGCAUUAACAAGUAUACAUGCGUAGUGUGUAGUGCAAAUGGAGAUAAAGAUGGAAGGUGUCUUUCUGUUUGAAAUUGAAAUGUAAAACAAUAUAUGCUGGAACUGAUCAAUAUGCAAGUCUGCCCAGGGAUAGAAUACUUCUAGCUCACUCAACCAAUAGGAAGAUAAAUAGACUUCUUUUAGGUUCUGUCUUCAUGACAGAUAGUGGGUUUUCUUUUCUUUUUAUGGAAAGCAAACAUAACCAGAGAAAAUACAAUAUAUUAUGUAGGCAGGUUUUAAAUCUGCCAUUUAAAUCUGCCUGUUGUGUUUCUGUCAUGUUACACAUAUACAUUUAUUAUGAUGCACAUUAAAAUGUAUGGACCUAAAGAAAAAUGGGUUUUCAAAGGAUAACAUUGAAGUUGACAUUCAUUCAGUCCUGGUUGCUGCUGUGACUAUAUGUAUAUAUAGAUAGAUAUAUUAGUCAAUGGUACAUUUGAGAGCUUCUAAACAUAUUUAGUGGAUUAAGCUUUGACUUCAAUCCAGCAUGGUUUGGCAUAGCAUAUACCUCCACGUGUGGAGCUACCACAAACUACUCUGAGCCAUUGAUCCCCACCAUCAUAGGACCUAAUGCAGAUGUAUUGAAGGCAUGCUGCAUCGCCAGCUAUGCACAGUAGGGAAUGGGGCUGUAAGAGGUGUUUCAGCAGCGACUGGCUAUGCUGCUAUAAAGAGAGUAUCUCAGAGUUUCACUGGGAUAGUCUAGAUCUUGGAACAGCUAAGACACCAUUUCUUUGCAUCUUGCUUAUGGGGCCCAACUAAUCUCUCUUUCCUGCCAGGUAUAGAUUGGGAGUUGCAUCGGUGGAAGGAGUGAAUGCCAGCCAUUAAAAAUAUUAAUCUGAUCCAAAAACUUUGGAAAAACUGGGACCUGUUUCCAGACAUUUUGUUCCAAUGUUGCUUAGAAGCUCUCACUGUAGCAGAGAUAUUCAGGUUUUGUUUAAUUUAUUAAGGGUUGCACUAUGUGUGGGGUUAGGGGUUGACGUUUUUGUUACAUACGUAUUUAAUGAAAGAUUGCUUCUCCUUGUUUAAUUUAUUCUGUUCAGUUUGGGGUUUUCUUUGUAAAUCUUGUUUUUCUUCUUCAUAUACAUGUAUAUGCACUGCCAGUAAACUGAAAUGUGAAUUUGUUCUAUCCAAACCUGGAAUUAAUGUGGCCAGCCUCUUUGUUACACGUGUAAGUGCCAGGAAGCCUCCUGUUAAUCCCGAUUCUACAUCAGGGGGGUCUUAAUUGCCAGUUUCAAUGCUGUAGUAGCUACAAUAAGGCUGCCUGAAAUGAUUUCCGCUAUUUGGGAAUUGUUCCAAAUAGCUGUCUUAACAUCUACGUUGACACCGCAGUAUGAUUUUGUUGUUUAUUUUUGGUUUGCAUUCUGUGGAACAGCGUUUGAGAAACCGUAUGCACUGGGAGCGUUCUACAUAAGGAACUGUCUAAAUAUUGCAUUUAAAACAGCAUGUAACACCAGCCUUACAAAGAAUGAAUCAAACAGUCUGCAUUAUAACAUACAAACUAGGGCGCCAUCUACACUGCCAUAUAAUGCAGUUUCAGAAUGCAGUUUGACUUCAUUGAAUUGCACUGUGUGGCACUGUAGACUCAUCUAAUCCAGUUGAACUGCAUUAUGAAACUGCAUCAUGUGGCAGCAUAGAUGGGGUCUAGGUCUUAAGGGUGAAUGCAUACCAUAUUGUGUAGUGUUUUUUGUUGUAGCUUUUUGUCUGGCUGAGCAGCCAUUGCCUAUUUCUACACUGUUUGGUGUUUCAUCAAAAUAAAAAUUCAGCAGAAUAGAUGCACUCCCCUGAGCAUGUUAUACAUGAGACAGCCUUCACAGGAAUGAAUGGGAAUUGGGUACAGUGAUGGUAUCCUGGUUUGUAAAGUUUGUGGUUUUGCAUACGAGUCUCUGAAGCAGCGUGGGAAGGUUAGCUUUAAUGCCUCUUUAAGGAUAAAUGCCCUGAACAGCUAGUUGCUGAUCAGCCAGUCAGUUCACCUAGCUGGUGUUUGAAGCCUUGGAACUGAGUUUUCCAUCCUGGUUCAGAGAAGACAAGUUUUUCUGUGAAAGGCUCAAAAGGGGUGAUGCAUUACAGUCCACGAAGCUGUAUUUUUAAUAUGUCCACACAUUUUAGUCUUAUUUUGCUGCUAAGAGUCACUUUUUUACAUCCGAGUUACAAAUCUGAUUUCUCAGUUACAGUUUUAGCAUACUUUCAGAGCACUAUUUUUGCAGUAUUUUUGUACACUAAAAUAGAAAUUUCAUCUCUGCUAUACAAUUGACAUUUUGAGGGGUUUUUUUUCCUUGCAUUUUUUAAAUGUUAAAAAUUCCUUCUUUCAUCUUGAAAGGAAAAGUUGCUUAAAACAAGACUUACACCUGUUUUCUGAUGAGUGAAGGUGCCACGCUAGUUAGGGAGAAUUGCUGUGUGACAUUCUUUGGUUUUUCAAAUUGUCAGUUGUCCCCCCCCCCCCUUACUUUCCAAAACAGUUAUCUUCAGGUACACUUUAUAUUGAGUUUUAUAUUUUUUUCCCAUUAGGACAAAAGGUAAGAUCAAAACUAUGUUUGCUAAGGAUGUAUUUUGCCAAGCAAAUGUGAGAGAAUGGACUGUCUUAAAUCUGCUAAACUGGAAUAAUUUAAAAUUUAUUUGUUUAUAAAAAACAUCUGAAUAGUCUUUGUUUGCUGCAUACAUAUCUCAGUGACUAGGGGGAUGUCUACUUGAAAAUGUAGGAAACUAGAAAAUUUACUUAGGAUUAAAAUCUAAAUGAUGAUAAACAUGGCUUUGUGGUUAUGAAAAUACAGUAUGACCUCUGUUUCCAUGGGGGAAUUAUUCCUGAACUUAGUGUGGAAACAGGAAACUAUGGAUAAUGGUGACUCCUUUGAAAUGAUUGACUUAAAGUGGAAGUUAUUAUAGAGUAGCCCUAGAGCAAACUUUUUUGGUUAUAGAACCCUUCAGAAGACAUUUAUUUUCUGUGGAACCCUGAUUCUAUCCCUAACUUGUUUAAUAAUUUUUGAUCAUUUUAUACCAAUACAAAUAAUCUUUCCAAUUUCCUAUAAAACAACUAGUUUUUGAGUAAAUUUAACUCUUGAUAUUCUAUGAAUAAUAUCCCGAUGUCCUAAAUGUCAUUCAUUUCAACAGUUGUACCAGAAAGAAAGAAAAAAAUCCAAAAGAAAUGUGGAAUCAACAUGAAACAUUGACUGUGUAUGAAUCACUCUUGUUCAGAUGGCAAAUAAAAUGGUGACAUGUGAAGCCAGUAACUACAUAUCUGUGUAUUGUCAAAGGCUUUCAUGGCUGGAAUCACUGGGUUGUUGUAGGUUUUUCGGUCUGUAUGGCCAUGUUCUAGAAGCAUUAUCUCCUGACGUUUUGCCUGCAUCUAUGGCAGGCACCCUCAGAGGUUAUGAGGUCCUCACAACGUGCAGCGAUGCUUUCCCCCAAGUGACAGCGAAGGUGAAACUGCAGGCAAUGCAGGUUGUGGGGUGACGGGUUCUUCCACUGCCCCACGGAUUCCUGGUGAAUCCCCCCAUUGUCGCCUGUGUUAGGCAACUUAUCCAGGAUUUGUUAGGUCCUCUAGAGCAACUCUGUGAUAACUUCCAUUGGAAACAUGUCAUAAAAUCACCUGGAAGAUCUAGAAAAUUCUUAGAGAAGGCCUAUUUUGUCAGACGUAGAUAGGUAAAACCUAUAUAUCAGUCCUGUGGGUACUGAGGUCAUACUGUACCACAAAUCCCAAAGUAGCCUUUAAAUUUCAUAUGGCCUCAAAGAAAAGAAACUGUCCCUAUUUUAGAAAGUGCUGUGAGUGUGUGUUCCCCAAGCAAGCUACAUUGAAGCAGAGGUUAUGCAGAUUGUAAUGGACUGUGCCUUUUGCCUUCACACCUCUUUGGGGCAAGAGAAUUCAAAAACACUUUCCAAAUAUAAACUAGCCAUUUACACCACAAUUUUAAAAAUUCUGCCUACAGGAUGAUGUUCUCUCCUGUGUGUUGAAAAUUAGCUUGACUUAAUGCCUUUAUGGAGCUAAACACACACUGAACAACUCUCUGUCUUAAGCACCCUUACACCAUAUCACUCCCAAGUUUGUGUCUUAUUCCUAAAUACUUCUGUGUCUGCCAUUUUUGAAACACUUUUAAUAGUAGAAGAAAGAACAAUAGGAAUUCAGGCAUUCUGUAGAAGUAUACAUGUCUAGUUUGUAAAGUGUGUAAUGUGUACUCCAGAAGUGUACUCUCUGGGAUCGACGUAUCUGUACAGUAGCUUGUUUUAGGGGGAUAAAAAAUGAAACGUGGGUACUUUUCUGAUGGUCACAACCUGGGGAGAAACUGCCACUGUUAGAAAAGAUGUUGUAAUAAAUCAAACUAUAACACCAAACCUGGAACUCCCUUCCCUUUCCCAUAGAUAAGUCUUUUGAUCUUGGUUCUGAAAUACUAUCUAUUAAAAUGUAUGGAUACACUGGCAGACUGCAUGAUGUAUCAUCCAAGAACUGUUAAAGUGGAAAUAAAAUGGAAGUAAACUUUCCAGUGACUAGCA